AUGUAUGAAAAUUAUGAAGUGGACACCAAGAGUCUGGAGCGUGGUCUGAUGAAGUUGAAGCUAUUAGUUAUGGGGUUCAAGGCAAUAUUUACUUCUCCUUCCUCAGCCAAUGAAGUGGAUCGUGAAUGGGAUGGUGCCAACAUUCUUGAGAACAACCAGCGUGCGGAGAGACAAUCAGAUCAAGCCAAGGUAAAGACUUGCAUGGCCUCCAUCAUAGGUAUGAGAAAGGUUACACCUCACGCAAUUGCAUACACUGCUUGCCAAAUCCAAUUCACACUUUCCUGCAUCACCUCCUGGCACACUGUGAAUGGAGACUUUGACUAUCAGCUUUUCUGGAACAAUAUUGUAGAUGUCUUUGAGGAUGCCCCAGGUCCAGCUGUGCAAGUCAGGCUGAACAGACUUCUUGAGUGGUGGACCAGGUAA